UAAAAUAAUGGGCGUGGCAUUGGCCAUUUUUCUGUUUUCUUUCAAGUCUUUCAAGUCCUGGAAUCGGCGAAAAUUUAAAGCAAUCCUUCGGAUACCUACGAUUUGCACUACUCACAUUAGUCUUUUAAAAUGGAAAGGAAAACAGCCUUAGAACUUUUGGAACCUUCCAAUCGCGACGACCUAAACGUCUUGUACAAAACUUGGGGAGUCGUGGCUGGCACCGUCCUGGGAAUAGCCUCAGCAGUGUGGAUGAACUGGGCGAGUUAUAAACCAGCAUACAGCGGCGCUCCCAGAUCACUCCUUAUCAUAGCUGCAUUCGGUGGAGCUGGAAAAUAUCUCCAGGAUUACAGAGAUAGAAAGUUGGCCGAGAGGGACGCUAUUUUGAGACAUUAUAUUACUCUCCACCCUGAAGAUUUUGAAUUACCACCUCGCGUCAAGUACGCUGAUGUGUUCCAGAAAUGGAUUCCCGUUCGAUAAACAUUGAGGUUUGCUGCAUGUGUUAAAAGCUCGCAUAGUUGAUUAUUAAUAAAAAGAUGUAAAUAGAAAUAUUA